GGGGGAAGGCUGGACGGAAGAGCUGGGGGCUAGAGGCCACUGGGGCUUAAAGGCAGCCCAGGAGUGAGGCCACUCAGCUAGAGGAAGGAGACGGCUCCCAAGCCCCCAGACAGAGGCCACACAGAAAUGGAGCAGAAAGAAGGGAAGCUCUCAGAGGAUGGGGCCACUGUCUCCCCAGCUGCAGACGACCCCGGGACAUCAGGAGGUGGAGCCUCUGCAGAGGAGGAGACCACAGGCACAGCCAGCAAGACCAGCAGAGAGGGGUGUCCAGAUGGGGCAGGAAAGCAGGAAGAAGCACCAGCCAAGGAUGGCGCUUCCACGGAAUUCCAAGGGGAAGCAAAUGGGUUAGAUGAGGUCCAGGUGGAAUCCCAAAGGGAGGCUGGUGGGAAAGAGGAAGCUAAGGCCGAACUUAAAAAGGAGGGUGGUGAGAAGGAAGACACCACAGUAGCUUCCCAGGAGAUGACUGACAGGAAAGAAGAGGCCAGAUCUGAACCCAAGGAGGCCAAGGAAAAAGAGGAGACCACGCUGGCCUCGGAGAAGCAGAAGGCUGCUGAGACAGAGGCCAAGCCUGGGCCUAGGGAGAGAGCCGACGCGAGUGACACAGACAAGCCUGUACCCAAGGAUGCUGUUGGGGAGGAGCAGGCCAUGACGGCCUCCCAGGAGGAGAGAGACCAGACGGAGGAGCCCAUGGCUGCACCCAAGGAGGAAGCUGCUGACAAAGAGGCCAAGACUGAAUCUCAGAAGAAGUCUGUUGUGAAAGAUGAGGCUAAGGCCGAACCUCAGGAGGUUAAGGGGACAGGGGAGGCUGAAAGCCAUGAGAAGGACGAGGCUGAGAGCCAUGUGGAGGAGGAGGCUGAAAGCCGCGAGAAGGACGAGGCUGAGAGCCAUGUGGAGGAGGAGGUGGAGCCAGGCGGUCCCAGUGAAGAGCAGGAGCAGGAAGCAGAGGAAGAGACAGAGGGAGGGGCAGGGGUGAUUCCCAGCUCCCCCAAUGAGUGGCCUGAGAGCCCCACGGAGGAGGGCGAUAGCCUCAGCCCAGAUGGGUUGGGUCCAGACUCUGCAGCCUCUGGAGAGACCAGUCCUCCAGCCAGUGAGUCUUCACCCAGUGAUGUGCCCCAGAGUCCCCCGGAGCCCCCUCCGUCAGGGGGGAAGAAGAAGGAGAGGGCACCAGAGCGCAGGGUGUCAGCCCCUACCCGGCCCCGGGGUCCCCGUGCGCAGAACCGGAAAGCCAUCGUGGACAAGUUUGGCGGGGCUGCCUCGGGCCCCACGGCGCUGUUCCGGAACACGAAGGCAGCCGGGGCAGCCAUCGGCGGGGUCAAGAACAUGCUCUUGGAGUGGUGCCGGGCCAUGACCAGGAACUACGAGCACGUGGACAUCCAGAACUUCUCCUCCAGCUGGAGCAGCGGCAUGGCCUUCUGCGCCCUCAUCCACAAGUUCUUCCCGGACGCCUUUGACUACGCUGAGCUGGACCCCACGAAGCGCCGGCACAACUUCACCCUGGCCUUUUCCACCGCAGAGAAACUGGCUGACUGUGCCCAGCUGCUGGAGGUGGAUGACAUGGUGCGGCUGGCAGUGCCCGACUCCAAGUGCGUCUACACCUACAUUCAGGAGCUGUACCGCAGCCUCGUGCAGAAGGGACUGGUGAAGACCAAGAAGAAAUGAGGAGAUGACUGGCCCUGUGGGGGCAGGAACCUCUGCACUGAAGGCGCUUCCUCACUUUCUUAACAUCUGUGCAAGGCUUUGAGAAAGGACAAUAGCCUGGGUCCACCACUAACCAGCUGUAUGACCUUGGGCCAGUGAGUUAGCCUCUCUGAACCUCAGUUUACAGUUUCAAAGGGGAUAGUGGGAAUUCCAGCCUCACUGAGAUGCUGAAAGAUGUAAAUGAGACAAUGAAAGGGGCAAAAAGCUUUGCCUAGUGCCUGCCACAUAAGUGUUCAAUAACAGGUAGCCAAAAAUAAAAACAAAUUUACAUUUCAAA